UGCCGUUAGUCGUUCUGGAUGAGAUGAUAACACUUUCAACAAUAUUUUUAAUGUUUUGGUACAUAUCAUCAGAAUAGUUAAAUAAAUUAGCAUCACUACUAAAUGAAGAAAUAUACUGAACAUAUAAAGAUAUGUCCAUAUAUCCCAUGAGCAACAUAUAUGACGCAUAAUAUUUCAUUGAUUAUAAAGUUAUCAAUAUUGACCAAUCGAGUAUCCCCAGUGAUACACGGGCCGAUACAUUUUCAAGUAAAUCCUGAUGGAAUUGUACGUUUAAAUAAGUCGGUCACGGGGUUUAAAGGACACACGAGAAAAGUAUAAGUUUAAGUCUAAUCCAAGGACUGCGCAGCGCGACAGUUCUUAUCAUCAGAAGAUGAGUGCUAGUUCGGGCAAUGUUGCCGGAAGCCAGAGAAUAUCUGCUGAGAACACCUUCAAAGAAUUCAUAUCUUAUACCAGUAAAUCUACACUGAAAAGUGUGGCAUAUGCCUCUUUUCCUGGAGCAAUCUGCUACAUCUUAACAAGUAAUCAAAAUUUAUCAAAAAGAAUAUUCUAUGGAUUGACCAGCGUUGCUUUUCUGAGAUACUUAUGUUUAUAUGCUAACAAAGAAAUGAGCAAAUCAGGAGUUUCUAUGAAAGAUCUAAUUACCAUGGACGAUGAUUGAUUUAUAAUGACCCAUUACAUCAUGUAUAUUAUGAAUAUUGUGUAUGGAUGCUGUGUAAGUUUGGUGGAGAGUUUUGUGAAAGGAUCAGAUGGCAGGUAUGAAGUGUAUCAGUGAGAUGUAGGUAUAAUGAUGAUAAUUAUAUGUUUUGGUGACCUUUACAUGUGUGUGCAUGUGUAUGGAUAGUUUUUGAGGAUUGUUUUUUGUGUGUAUACAUUAGUUUGUUAUAGGUGUGAAUGAUAAAUGUGUAUUGAAUGUUAUGUGUGGAUUUUUUUAUGCAGGGAUGAUUUUUCCCCUUUGCCUGAAGAAUCAGGCUGUUAUGUAAUAAAUUUCAUUUUGAAAAAAACUUCUUUAAAAUUUCCCUAUACAUUAUAAUGAUCCUGAUUUUUUUUCCAUAGAUAUUUAAUUUCUUCCCUGUUAUUCUUAAGACAAUGUCCCCCAAUUUUAUUCCAUAUCUGCAGUUUUUUCUGUAAUGAUGAUUAUUUCUUAUUGUGUGUAGUUGACAAUUCUGCAAGUGUCUGCUUAUCUGAAAAAUAUUGCAUUACCGGCAUUCAUUUUUAGGAACAUUUACAAAUUCAUCAUUUGAAUGUGGUUCUUAUAUGUUUUACACUUAGAUAUAUUUGAUUUAUAUUUAUAACAAAUGUAAAUAAAGACAUAAUACAUCAAAUCA